AUGGAUUGUGUUGGAACCAUACCCAAGAACUACCAGCACUUCAGAGCCUUGGUGUUCGCAGUCAGAGAAGUCAACAAGGAUCUAAUUCUCCCCUCCAACAUCACCCUUGGCUUCCACAUCUACAGCAAUUCUCAGACUGAGAUGGAGAUUUGCUCAAACAGCCUCUCUCUGCUCUCCACAAGGGGCCAAAUGGUUCCAGGUUACAAAUGUGACACGAAGGACCCUCUGCUCUCUGUCAUCGGAGAUCUCAAUCCCAGAUCCUCAAGGCAGAUGGCCUCCAUCUUCAGCAUCUUCAAGGUCCCACAGGUUCUUCCCUAUCUGAGGAACAUCAAGUUCAACAACAGUGCUGGAAAGGAAAUCUCCUUCUCAGAAAGUGGAUUGGUUUCUUCUGGUUAUGAUCUUCUCAACUGGCUUUUCCUCCCCAAUCAAUCUUUUGUCUCCAUGAAAGUUGGACAAAUAGAUUCCACAGCUUCCCCGGGAGAAGAUUUCACCAUUAAUUCAGAUGCAAUCAUCUGGGUCACAAAGAAAGUGCCCUUUGCCAGGUGUGGAAUAAAGAGGUGCCAGGCAGGAGAGAGGAAGAGUGUCCCAGAAGGCAAGGAAGUUUGUUGCUAUCAGUGUGACCCUUGUCCAGAAGGGACCAUUUCUAAUCAGACAGGUGCAUCUCUCUGUGAUCCCUGCCCAGAAGACCAAUAUCCCAACAAGCACAAGGACCACUGCAUUGCCAAGAAGAUCCACUUCCUCACCUAUCAAGAGACCCUGGGAUCCAUUUUGGCUUCUCUAUCAUUUUUCCUUUCUGUCCUCACAUCUUCAGUUCUGGUGGUUUUUCAUAAACAUCGUGACACACCGAUUGUCAAGGCCAACAACCGAGAUCUCACCUACAUCCUCCUGGUCUCCCUCCUGCUCUGCUUCCACUGCUCCUUCCUCUUCAUUGGUCAACCUGGAAAAUUCACCUGUCUCAUACGACAAGUUGCGUUUGCCAUUCUCUUUUCCCUUGCAAUUUCCUCUGUCUUGGCAAAAACUGUCAUGGUGGUUCUGGCCUUCAUGGCCACCAAACCAGGGAACAGGACAAGGAAUCUCUUAGGAAAACCACUGACCAACUCCAUUGUCAUAGCCUGUCCUCUGGUCCAAGCACUUCUUUGUGCCACCUGGCUGAUAACCUCUCCCCCGUUUCCCAACAUGGACUUCCAUUCCUUGGUAGGAGAGGCCAUCUUGGAAUGUAAUGAAGGCUCAGCUUUGAUAUUUUACGCUGUCCUUGCUUACUUGUGUUUCUUGGCCCUUGUGAGUUUCACUGUGGCCUUUCUGGCUAGGAAGUUGCCCGACAGUUUUAAUGAAGCCAAGUUCAUUACUUUCAGCAUGCUGGUCUUUUGCAGUGUUUGGAUCUCAUUCCUCCCCACCUACCUGAGCACCAAAGGGAAGUCCAUGGUGGCCGUGGAGAUCUUCUCCAUCUUGGCCUCUGGGGCUGGUCUCUUGGCUUGCAUCUUUUUCCCCAAAUGCUACAUUAUCCUAUUCAGGCCCCAUCUGAAUUGUAGGGAAAAUAUAAUGAGGCACAAGAAUCUGUGA